UCCUGUCACUCCCUUCUGCAUCCCCAUAAAAACCCGCAUGUGGCUCCAGGAGCCUCAAAUCCUGCACGGAGACAAUGUACAGCCAGGUGGAGCAUCCCGCGGGAGGUUACAAGAAGCUCUUUGAGACAGUGGAGGAGCUGUCCUCACCCGUCACUGCCCAUGUCACAGGCAGGAUCCCCACCUGGCUCAGAGGCAGCCUCCUGCGAUGCGGGCCUGGCCUCUUUGAGGUCGGGGCAGAGCCGUUCUACCACCUCUUCGAUGGCCAGGCACUGCUGCACAAGUUCGACUUCAAGGAGGGACACGUCACCUACCACCGCAGGUUCGUCAGGACAGAUGCUUACGUGCGAGCCAUGACAGAGAAGAGGAUCGUGAUAACUGAAUUUGGUACCUACGCCUACCCAGACCCAUGCAAGAACAUUUUCUCCAGGUUUUUCUCCUACUUUAAAGGGGUAGAGGUCACCGAUAACGCCCUCGUUAAUGUCUACCCUGUUGGUGAGGAUUAUUACGCCUGUACGGAGACCAACUUUAUAACCAAAAUUAACCCAGACACCCUAGAGACAAUUAAGCAGGUGGAUCUCUGCAAGUACGUCUCCGUCAAUGGGGCCACAGCCCACCCCCACGUGGAGAACGAUGGCACAGUUUACAACAUUGGCAACUGUUUUGGGAAAAAUUUCUCGCUGGCCUACAACAUCAUACGGAUCCCUCCACUGCAGGCAGACAAGGAGGACCCAAUUAACAAGUCAGAGGUGGUGGUGCAGUUCCCUUGCAGUGACAGAUUUAAGCCCUCCUACGUGCACAGUUUUGGUCUGACCCCAAACUACAUCGUAUUUGUCGAAACCCCGGUGAAGAUCAACCUCCUCAAGUUCCUCUCUUCCUGGAGCCUCUGGGGAGCCAACUACAUGGACUGCUUUGAGUCCAACGAGACCAUGGGGGUCUGGCUUCACGUGGCAGAGAAAAAGAAAGGGCGGCUCCUCAAUAUCAAGUACCGGACCUCAGCCUUCAACCUCUUCCAUCACAUCAACACCUUCGAGGAUAACGGGUUCCUCAUUGUUGACCUCUGCACGUGGAAGGGAUUUGAGUUUGUUUACAACUACCUCUACUUAGCCAACCUCCGAGCAAACUGGGAUGAAGUAAAGAAGCAGGCAGAGAAGGCCCCCCAGCCUGAAGCCCGCAGAUACGUGCUGCCCCUCCGCAUCGACAAGGCCGACACAGGCAAGAACCUGGUAACCCUGCCCUACACGACAGCCACCGCGACGCUGCGCAGCGAUGAGACUGUCUGGCUGGAGCCAGAAGUUAUUUUCUCAGGGCCACGCCAUGCCUUUGAAUUUCCACAGAUCAAUUACAAGAAAUACGGUGGGAAACCCUACACAUACACAUAUGGGCUGGGACUGAACCACUUUGUUCCAGACAGGCUUUGCAAGCUGAAUGUUAAAACAAAGGAGACCUGGGUGUGGCAGGAGCCAGAUUCGUACCCAUCAGAGCCAAUCUUCGUUUCCCAUCCAGAUGCUCUGGAGGAGGAUGACGGGGUGGUGCUGAGCAUUGUGAUCAGCCCCGGCUCAGGGCCAAAGCCUGCCUACCUCCUGAUCCUGAACGCCAAGGACAUGAGCGAAGUGGCCAGGGCUGAAGUGGAGGUGAACAUCCCUGUGACUUUCCAUGGACUCUUCAAAAGAGCGUAACUGCUGCCUGCAACACGCCGUGUUAGGCCUCUCCCAGCUUCAAAAAGAUGCUGUCUUCAUUUGCAAGCACUCAGAAAGUGACACUGAAGGAAUUUAGGUCAUUUAUUUGUGAGUACUUAGUUCACAGAACUAUGGAAUGGCUUAGGUUGGAAGGGGCCUUACAGCCCUUCCAGUUCCAAACCCCUGUUAUGGGCUUCCCAGUGCCGUGUCCAUGGCCUUGGCCCUAUUUAAGACUGAGAAUUUCCAUUUUGUUGCUUAUUUCUCAAAACACUUACCCAGAUGUUUCUCAAAUAUACUCCAUGGCCUAAUUUCAAGAUGUACAACACAAUAAACCAUACCAUUUCUUUUACAAGAUUAAUUUUUGCAGAUGCAACAGAGAGAAAGAUGCAUGAAACAGCACAGUGUAACCUCAGUCCCUGUACAUGUGGUAAUAUUAUGUAGAAGUCAAUGUGCUGUUGCAUGCUUUGAGAAGAGGUAACUUUUAUCCUGUGUGGGUGUUUUGGAUUGAACUCACCUCCUGGUCACUGCACUGGUAUCUCAGAGCAAGCUGAGGGGAGCCCUUCCACGGUGCUCUGGCAAUCUGACUUUGCAGGCAGCAUUCUCUGCUUUGCUAAAGCUUACGUUCAUUACUCUUGUCUAGUUUGCAGCCAUGUGUCUUCUCUUUCCCAUCUCUUUUCUCAAAGCGCUGUUUGAAUUCUGCAUAUUCUUAAUAUGAAAAAAAAUAAAAUAAAUAAUCAAGCAAUUGUAA